GAAAACAACCAUUACCAUCGCCAGUAGUCCGCCAAAUGGCUACGGACCUCUCUUCUCCUACGCUCCUCUUAUCCAGAAACCACAUUUCAACUCCACGAUUUCACCAAACAAGACACUCUCUCCCUUACUAUAGAACAACUUAUCCUCUCUCCAAUUCCAUAACCGCCAUCCCCAGGCUUCGCCUCCUCUGCCGUACUUCUGGAACUCAGUCCACCAGUGUUUCCGACUUCGAAUUGACUGCCGCAGUUGGCCAGCAUCGUCUUUCCAAGGUUCCUGUUGCCAAUAUUAGAAAUUUUUGCAUCAUAGCACAUAUUGAUCAUGGGAAGUCAACAUUGGCCGAUAAAUUGCUUCAAAUGACUGGGACUGUGCAGCAACGAGAAAUGAAGGAGCAGUUUCUUGAUAGCAUGGAUUUGGAAAGAGAAAGAGGCAUCACUAUCAAAUUGCAGGCAGCAAGGAUGCGUUAUGUUUAUGAAGAUGAACCAUAUUGCCUGAAUUUGAUUGACACUCCUGGACAUGUAGACUUCUCUUAUGAGGUUUCUCGUUCUCUUGCUGCUUGUGAGGGUGCUCUACUGGUUGUUGAUGCUUCUCAGGGAGUGGAAGCACAAACGUUGGCUAAUGUUUAUUUGGCCUUGGAAAGUAACCUAGAAAUCAUCCCUGUUUUAAACAAAAUAGAUCUUCCAGGUGCUGAGCCAGAUCGUGUUAUCCAGGAGAUUGAAGAGGUAAUUGGUUUGGAUUGUAGGGAUGCAAUACGCUGCUCUGCAAAGGAGGGAAUAGGUAUAACUGACAUUCUGAAUGCAAUUGUCAAAAGGAUACCUUCACCCCGUGAUACUGCUAAAAUGCCAUUGAGGGCUUUAAUAUUUGACAGUUACUAUGAUCCCUAUCGUGGUGUUAUUGUGUAUUUCCGGGUCAUAGAUGGGAGUAUAAAGAAAGGUGACAGAAUUUAUUUCAUGGCUAGUAAGAAGGAUUACUUUGCUGAUGAAAUUGGAGUUUUAUCUCCUAAUCAGUUGCAAGUGGAAGAACUGUAUUCUGGUGAAGUAGGCUACCUUUCUGCUUCUAUAAGGUCAGUAGCAGAUGCCAGGGUGGGUGACACUGUUACGCACUACAAUAGAAGGGCAGAAAAUUCACUACCUGGAUACAAGGAAGCUACUCCAAUGGUGUUCUGUGGGCUGUUUCCUGUUGAUGCUGACCAGUUUCCCGAGUUACGUGAUGCAUUGGAAAAGCUACAGCUCAAUGAUGCUGCAUUAAAGUUUGAGCCUGAAACGUCAAGUGCCAUGGGUUUUGGAUUUAGAUGUGGUUUCCUUGGUCUAUUACACAUGGAAAUUGUUCAGGAAAGGCUCGAAAGAGAAUAUAAUCUGAGCUUAAUAACAACAGCUCCAAGUGUUGUAUACAGAGUGAACUGUGCAAAUGGCAAUACAGUUGAGUGCUCAAAUCCAUCUUUGCUUCCUGAACCUGGAAAAAGGUUGUCAAUUGAGGAGCCAUUUGUGAAGAUUGAAAUGCUUACGCCAAAAGAUUAUAUUGGUCCACUUAUGGAGCUGGCUCAAGAUAGAAGAGGGGAUUUUAAAGAGAUGAAAUUUAUAACUGAGAGUAGAGCAUCCAUCACAUAUGAAUUACCCCUAGCUGAGAUGGUAGGUGAUUUUUUUGACCAGUUGAAGUCCAGGAGUAAAGGAUAUGCUAGCAUGGAGUACACUUUUAUCGGGUACAGGGAAAGUGAUUUGAUAAAGCUUGAUAUUCAAAUAAAUGGUGAUCCCGUGGAACCACUAGCCACUAUUGUGCACAAGGACAAGGCAUAUGGUGUGGGGAGGGCUCUUACGCAAAAGUUGAAAGAGCUCAUACCAAGGCAAAUGUUUAAAGUGCCCAUUCAAGCGUGCAUUGGUUCAAAAGUUAUUGCUAGUGAAUCCUUGCCAGCAAUUAGGAAGGAUGUCUUGGCCAAGUGCUAUGGUGGGGACAUUUCAAGGAAAAAGAAGUUGCUCAAGAAACAGGCUGAAGGGAAGAAAAGAAUGAAGGCAAUUGGCAAGGUAGAUGUACCUCAAGAAGCUUUCAUGGCUGUAUUGAAACUUGAAAAGGAGGUGUUGUAAUGAAUAAUAUAUUACUUCUUAACUUGUAAUGUUACUUCCUGUUAAUGCAAUCUGAAACUUAGCCAUGAAAAUAAACAAGUUUGUGCCCGUUUAUUUUGAAUCAUCUGUUUAUUUUACCUUUGAGGCUGUUAUGUUGCAAAGUUCACUACUCAAAAUGAGUAUAUUUUAACUGAGAGGGAUUCAUAAGUUGGUUCAAUUUCAUAGAUCAAGUAAAUCAAAUCACUUCACAUUGUAUUUAUGUUUAUGUGAACAUGAAAGAGUAAUUGGAAGUUAUAUCACAUAUUUUGGUUGAUUUAA